AUGGAGCCUCCAGUGAUUCAUCCCAAACAUCUGCACUUCCAUUGGAGGCAUCUUCAGCAUCUUCCUCCAUUGAAAGCCGUAUAUAUUCUCUGUGUGCGAAGCGAUCCCACUCCGUCAAAUUUGGGUUCUCACGCUCCUGUUAGGAAUAAACAGUCAACAACUGCAAAACCAUGUGACUGUACACAGAACAUUCUGAACAUAGCAAAGUAUUUCUUGAGCACUUCCAUCCACGCACGCAGCCAAAGGGCGACGCGAGGCGUGAGGCGAGCAUGGCCAGGCCUGGCACCUCAAAUAGCUGUUGCGAGGCACACUUGUGAAAGGCGACGCCAAGUUACACAUCUUUGCCCAACCAAACCCACAUUUAGUUUGUGCUUUCCAUUUAUCUGCACCGGAAAACCUGAUCCCUGUGGUGUUCAGGCGACCUGUGGCUCCUUAACUAACUACCUGAGAGUGAAGGUUAUCUACUCACUAAUUACAAGUAAUAAAGAGUAUCAGAAGACGUUUGGAGUCACCUGUGGAAGGCCUACUGAUAACCCACAAACAUGA